GGGCGAACAGGAGCAGCAGAGGGAGGAGGACAACGACGACAAGGACAAGAAGACACGGCGCCGCCGCAGAGGGCCGCAAGCCCAGCUGCGCACAGCAGCCGCGCCGCCCCCAACACACCGCCAUAACCGCUGCUGCCCUGCAACUGUCUUGCUGUGUAGCCUGUGGAUUCCUACAGCAAAGAAAUGGAAAGCGGGAGAAGGGGGAAAGGCAGACACGGUGCACAGGAGGCGGCGGAGGAGAAAAGGAGAGAAGUGGGCGCCAGUGGGAGCGCACGACCCAACAGCAGCCGGCUCAGUAGUGCCAACAAAGUUGACUGGGACAGCCGGGAAGCCGCUGCGCCGCAUCCGUGACGCCUUCGACGGACUUUACCGCACGAAGUUGCCCGGCUGCCCCCCCCCCCCUAGAGCACAUUCAGCGGGCAAGACAUUCGCGGCCGGGUGCGCCGAGGCCAAUCGGCAUGCGGCAGGCAAAGGAUAG